AUGCGUCGCUCCGUCUUGCGCGCCAUCGAGUCUGCGAAGCCUCUCGCUCGCGUGCCUCGUUCAGCCUCCAGAAGCUUUGCUACGCUCAAUGAGUCCAAGGACCCUGCUGAGCUAGACCAAAUCACCACAUUGCCUAAUGGAAUCCGCGUCGCCACGGAAUCCUUACCCGGACCCUUUGCCGGCGUUGGUGUCUACGUCGAUGCGGGAUCCCGGUACGAAGACGAGAGCCUACGAGGCGUGAGCCACAUCAUGGACCGACUAGCCUUCAAAUCGACCAAGUCCCGAACAAGCGAUGAGAUGCUGGAGACUCUUGAGAGUCUAGGAGGGAACAUCCAGUGCGCUUCGUCUCGGGAGUCGUUGAUGUACCAGUCAGCCAGUUUCAACUCGGCAGUUCCCGCGACCCUGGGCCUUCUGGCGGAGACAAUCCGUGACCCUCUGAUCACUGAUGAGGAAGUUCUCCAGCAGUUGGCUACGGCAGAGUACGAGAUCAAUGAGAUUUGGGCCAAACCUGAACUUAUCCUACCAGAGCUGGUGCAUAUGGCGGCCUACAAGGACAACACAUUAGGGAACCCGCUACUCUGUCCUCGUGAGAGAUUGGAAGAGAUUAACAAGGCUGUUGUUGAGAGAUACAGGGAGGUCUUUUUCAAGCCGGAGAGGAUGGUUGUUGCCUUUGCCGGUGUGCCGCACGAGGAGGCUGUUAAGCUAACAGAACAAUACUUUGGUGAUAUGAAGGCCGCAAAUCAGGCCAAAGGGCCCGUAUUAUCCGGGACUGGAAUUGAGACGACCUUGUCAGAUUCAGAGACAGCAGCUCAGGAAGGACAGGUGCCGACCGUCCCUCAAUUCACACCAUCGUCGACAAUCACCACAACCCCAACCUCAAAAACCCAGUCAGUCCUUUCCAGGCUUCCUUUCCUGAAGAACCUCUCUACAACCGCGUCGAAGCCUGCAUCUGUGGCGCCCCUUGAUCCUUCGUUGGUGCAGCCAUCAUCGCUGGACUUGACAAGACCUUCUCACUACACUGGUGGUUUCCUCUCUCUUCCCCCGAUUCCCCCACCAGCAAACCCCAUGCUUCCCAGACUGAGCUACAUACAUCUUGCCUUUGAAGCUCUCCCUAUCUCGAGCCCUGACAUCUACGCCCUCGCCACCCUUCAGACUUUGCUCGGCGGCGGCGGGUCUUUCUCCGCUGGCGGUCCCGGCAAGGGUAUGUAUUCUCGUCUCUAUACAAAUGUGCUGAACCAGCACGGAUGGGUGGAAAGUUGCAUCGCUUUCAAUCACAGCUACACAGACAGUGGAAUCUUCGGUAUCUCCGCCUCGUGCAGUCCUACCCGUACGACCGAGAUGCUUGAAGUCAUGUGCCGCGAACUGCAGGCACUGACUCUCGACACGGGCUACAGCGCCUUGCAGCCACAGGAGGUCAACCGUGCGAAGAACCAACUGCGCUCUUCACUGUUGAUGAACUUGGAAUCCCGCAUGGUGGAAUUGGAGGAUCUCGGCCGUCAAGUCCAGGUUCAUGGCCAUAAGGUUGGCGUCAAGGAGAUGUGCGACCGCAUCGAGGCUCUGACCGUGGAUGAUCUCCGUCGCGUGGCCCGCCAUGUAUUUGGAGGCCAUGUUCAGAACAAGGGCCAGGGCACCGGUAUCCCGACGGUGGUCUUGCAGGAAGGUGAGCUGGAAGGGUACAAACUUCGUCCUUUCCCAUGGGAGGAAAUCCAAGAACGGAUUGCACGGUGGAAGCUGGGAAGAAGAUAG